AUGGCGCCAUCACCACCAUCAAUGGUUGAGAAGAGGAAUCAAGAGACGGGAGGUGUCUCUUCCUCCUCCUCUCCUCCUCCAGCAGCUGAAAGCAAUAAAUGUAAAGCAGGAAAAUUCCUGUCUGGAAAUCUCCCAGAGAGGAGAGGAGAGGAGAGAAGGAGGAGAGGAGAGGAGAGGCUGUGUGCAGCUGCUACGCCUUUCCUGGGAGAAAUAAAGUUCAUUGAAGAAAAAAAGAGAACCUCCUCCCCGCCUGCAGAGCGAGAGAGUCAGAGAGAGUCAGAGAGAGUCAGAGAGGAGAAGAGAGGAGAGAAGUCCUCAUCAUCGCACAGCCGCUGGGGAGAGCCCAGCAUCCUCAUCCGUCCAUCCAUCCAUCCCAAGACCUCCAUCCAUCCCAAGACCUCCAGCAUGGUCAUCACCGUCUAUUACGCCAGUUCUUCUGGCUCCACCGCGUUGAAGAAGAACCAGCAGACGUUGUUCUCCAUCUUGGACUCUCUGAAGAUCCCUCACGAGGAGAAGGACAUCGCCGCCAACGAGGAGAACCGCAAGUGGAUGAGGGAGAAUGUUCCGGAAAACUUCCGGCCGGCCAGCGGGGUUCCCCUCCCCCCCCAGAUCUUCUGUGAUGAGCGGUACCUGGGGGACUUUGACGCCUUCUUUGAAGCCAAGGAGAAUAACAAUCUGUACAGAUUUCUGGGACUGACUCCGCCUCCCGGAUCCAAGGAAGCCGAAGCUCUGGCCAACCAAGAAGCGUGAAUCCCCCCUCCCCUCCCCCGCACCGACCGCCCCCCCAACCCCCGACCAGAACCUUCAAUGCUUUCCAGAACCUCCCGAUAAAACCCAAACCCCUCCGCACCUAAACCCCUAACCUGCAGCCAGGAGCUCCGCCCCUGCGCGAUGCGUCCCGCACGCCCGCCCGCCGCUAAAUCCCUCUUGUUGUAGAAGACACGUCUGUGCCAAAUGUGAUGGAAGAUCGAUCGCUGUGAUCUGAUCCUCGUAGGAGGUUCUGAUGGAUGAAGGCGGAGUCCUGUACUGUCUGCGGAUCGCGCUGUCACCGAAAUCCGACCAACAUUGUGCAUGAUGAGGAAGAUCUCACCACCGAUCAUGGAGGAAACAUUACCAUCGAGGAGAUCGAUACAUUGUCACCGAUCUGAUCGAUCGGAUACAUUGCGGUACAUUGUCAGUGAUCUGAUCGAUCGGAUACAUUCCGGUACGGUGUCAGUGAUCUGAUCGAUCGGAUACAUUCCGGUACAUUGUCAGUGAUCUGAUCGAUCGGAUACAUUCCGGUACAU